UUGGAUUUUUUGCGCUGAAAAACAAUAAGCCUGAGAGCUUAAAUGCCGCUGCCACUGGCGCUGCCGCAAACUCGGACGAACGAAGACGAAUGUGUUUCAUCUGUUUUGGACCGUUCUGAAACUUUUAAUUGAAUUAUAUUGAACACGAAAAGCGUACAAAUCGUCCGCAUUGUUUUGCAGAAAAAUUCGACUCGCAGCCAUCGACGACAGGAAUUUUCGUAAUAAAAAUCCCGGUGAUUUUUUGUCCGAUUUGCGCGCAAAACUCUCUAUAUAUAAAGCACUCAGAAAUCAUAUGAUAAUUGGACGAUAAAUAAAAAUCGAAGAGAAUAAGGCAAAAACGCGUGCCGCAAGCAAACUAAAAGAUUCGAGUUCUUGUGCCUUAGCAAAUUUUAGUGAUUAAACUGACGCAAAUUUGUUGAAAAACUUUGACCGCAAAGUGUCCGCAAAUAGAAAUUGAAAACUGUGCAAAAUGUCGGAAGUUGAAACUGCCGUUAAUCCCGCCACCACAAGCGCCGAGACGGAGCAGGAGCCGGAAAAGACCGUCACUCAGACGGUGGACGAGGAUGAGGAUAUGAAGGAGGAGGUCUCCGCCGAAACGGAGAAAAUGAUUACCGAAACGGUUGACGAGGACGGCGACGUGGUCGAGGAGACCACCGAGGUUACGCGUAAAACCAUUAAGCGCACCAUGAAAAUUACUGAGGUGAGUCCAAAUAAGUCACCCUUCAUUGCUUGCCAUGAUUGUGGAGUUCGACAAAUGAGUUUGAGUGUGAAAAUUAAAAUUGACUAGAAUAUGAGGUUAAUU